CACUAACCUUUCCUUCAGCCUCGCCUUUUGGACCCCGACGUCUAGAUCGCAUCACUUGCGCACGAAAAAAACAAAUUACCAUCUGUUCCUCGCCAUAUAAUGCGAGGGUGCUAUUUUAUCAGAGGAUAUCCCAGCAAAGAUGACUCAUAACACAAUGAUGGCCGAUAUUCAACCGACAUACCCACUCUCGAAGGCUCAAGUCGACGAAAUUGCCUCUCUUCAUGAGGCAGACACGUCGGAGCUCGAGGGGCAAUUGAAGAAGCUCUCGGAGACAUGCCAAAGUAACUGCGCCUCGGGAUUUUCCAAAUGCACAACCCAUCAGAAUGAGAUGCGCAAACUGUACCAAAAUGCAUACACAGCAGAAUCGGCUGGACGCUGGACCUCAUACCGACCAGCGGAAUAUACCAAAGAUCUAAAGCGAAUGUUCGAUGCGCAGGCUACCAUAGAGAAGAUCAACGGCCGCGUCCGGAGGGAGAAUAUGCAGCAUAUCAAGGACUCGCAAUGCACUUUUGGACCCAGCAACCAUCCGACGGUUAAGAAGGUUAAGAUACGAGCUGCUGAAUUGCGUGGGACAGGGACGUCUCUAGCGGACAUUGAUAGCUACAUUAUCCAAGAAGAGGGAAAGCUACUGAGUACGCUCACUCCCGAACAGCAAGAGGCCCAGGCCGAAUACGACAAAUCCAAAUCUGAGGCCGAGAAAUACUCCUACCUCCGCACAAGCGCCUGCACCGCCCAGCCAACCGACACACCCCGCGACGCCGAGCUGCGACAAAAGUGGACAAAGCUAUUCGACAACAAGACCCCCUACAUCGAGAUCCUGCCCGUGAUGGAGAAAGACAUCGCCGACGCAAAGUCGAACGCACAGAUUCUCGAGAACCGGCUCGCGGAUCUACGGAACGCGCAAGCGGCGAACAAUAAAGCCAAAGCGGCGAAGGAGGAGAGUAAGCGCAAGCAGGCGAGGGAUGCGAUCAGGCGCUGCUGUUCGGAGGGGUGUGGGAAUGUUUGUGAGCUCAGUGGGCCGAAUGCGGAUCUGGGGUGCGAGAGGUGCUUUGGGUUGAAGGAGGAGGGGGGGUUGCAGAACUAUUCGUGGUUUUGUAGUCCGGAGUGCGCGAAAGCGAAUGCGGGGAGCCAUAAUGCGAGGUUUCAUUCGAGCUGAGUGGUGGCUGCUGAAGGGUAUCUGUUUGCCUGUGUGUUUAGAGGUGGGUUUUGUAAGGGGUUUGGAUGGCGUUUAUGGGCGCUUUGGUGAUACCCAUACCUUUGUUUUGUUUGACGAGAAUCUUUGUAGCUAUGUACGACUGCUAUUUUGACCUGAGAAUAGAUAGAACCUCCCAUGGGAGGUCAAGUUCAAGCCAGCAUAGUUUAGAAUUAUGGGAUAUU